GGCCUCUGCCUGUCAUGGCGUCCGAAGGCCGCUUGGGCCCGGAGCAGCCGUCUCGAUCGCGGCGGCGGCGGCGGCGCUGCUCAUGCUGCCGCUGCCUGUAGCGGAAACGCCUCGCUGACAGAGGGAGGGGAGCUGUACGCCGAGGGCAAUGGAGGGCCUGGCGGAGCUUCCGCCCCCGCCGCCGCCAGCUUUGCUUCCUCCCGCCCCCCUGGGCGCACUCGAGCGGGGCGGCGGCGCCCCUGAGGCGAGUCGCGUCUCCCCUCAGGAAGAGGCGGGAAUCGCCUCAGAGCCUGACGAGGCGGCGGCAGCGGCGGCAUCUGAGGAGACGCGGGAGGAGGAGAAGCGAGGGGCGGGAAGCUCUUCGACGGUCCUCUCAGAGGCAGCCGCGUCUCUCGCUUCCCGCCUGGAAGAGCCGCCGCCGGUGGCCGAGAGCGACCGAGAUGCGACGCCGCCCGAAAGCCCCUCCCAGGCUGAGGCGACCGCGGCUCCGUUCUCAGGCAGCGGAGGCAGCAGCGUGGUUUCGGGGGCCGGCUCGCUGAGCCCGGCGGGCGGCGAGGAGUCCGCGAGCCUGGCCGACUCGCUCGGCUCCUUCUCCAACCUGCCGUCCUGCGACGGGGCCAGCAUCUCCGACCUCAACGGCGGCGGUGAGGACGACGACGACGACUCCGAGGAGGUGGCGGCGGCGGCUACGCACAGGAGAGCCCCCGUCGCCGGCGGAGAAGACGACGACGACGACGAGGAUGGAGUCAGCCCUAGCAAGGGGGCUGCGGCAGGAACUGCUGCUGCCGCCGCCGCCGCCUCCUCUUCGUCGUCAUCCUCCGCCUCGCCAUCGCCGCUCCUGCUCCUCCCGCCGGGCGCCAAGGAGCGCUUCCCGGGUCAGUCGGUCUACCACAUCAAAUGGGUGCGCUGGAAGGAGGAGAACACGCCCAUUAUCACCCAGAACGAGAACGGGCCCUGCCCGCUCCUGGCCAUCAUGAACGUACUGCUCCUGGCCUGGAAGGUGAAACUGCCACCAAUGAUGGAAAUCAUAACUGCUGACCAGUUGAUGGAAUACUUAGGGGACUAUAUCCUUGAUGCAAAACCAAAAGAAAUAUCUGAAAUUCAGCGCUUAAACUAUGAGCAGGUAAUAAAUAACAAGCUCUUCUUAAGAAAUAUGAGUGAUGCAAUGGCAAUCUUGCAUAAGCUUCAGACAGGUCUUGAUGUGAAUGUGAGGUUCACUGGUGUACGAGUGUUUGAGUACACACCUGAAUGCAUAGUGUUUGACCUUCUUGAUAUUCCAUUAUACCAUGGAUGGCUAGUAGAUCCCCAGGCUGCUGACAUUGUGAAAGCAGUUGGUAACUGCAGCUACAAUCAGCUGGUGGAGAAAAUAAUUUGUUGUAAGCAGUCAGACAACACUAAGCUUGUUGAUGAAGGUUCCAUAGCAGAACAGUUCCUAAACAACACAGCCACUCAGUUGACCUACCAUGGGUUAUGUGAGUUGACUUCCACUGUUCAAGAAGGAGAACUAUGUGUGUUCUUUAGAAACAACCACUUUAGCACCAUGACCAAACAUAAGGGCCAGCUUUAUCUCCUGGUGACAGAUCAGGGUUUCCUUACAGAAGACAAAGUUGUUUGGGAGAGCUUACACAAUGUAGAUGGGGAUGGAAACUUCUGUGAUUCUGAAUUCCAUCUACGACCUCCAUCUGAUCCAGAAACAGUAUACAGAGGACAGCAAGAUCAGAUAGAUCAGGAUUAUCUGAUGGCAUUAUCCUUGCAACAAGAGCAGCAAAGCCAAGACAUUAAUUGGGAGCAGAUACCAGAAGGAAUCAGUGACCUUGAACUUGCCAAGAAACUUCAGGAAGAGGAGGACAGACGGGCUUCUCAGUACUAUCAGGAGCAGGAGCAAGCUGCCGCUGCCACCGCUGCUGCCACCGCUGCUCAGGUUCAGCAAGUGCAAGAAGCUGCGUCUCCAUCAACUGGAAGACAAUCUGGGAGUAGUGAGCGGAAAAGAAAAGAACCUCGGGAGAAAGAAAAAGAGCGAGAGAAAGAGAAGAACAGCUGUGCCAUUCUAUAACAGGAGGGGGGCCUUACCUGGACCCAAGCACAUAUCCUUGAAACACAAACAAGGAAUUCUAAGGACUCCAAGCUCCACAUGCCGCCUGUGCCUGAUAGCCCCACAGAGGAUGGUGCCCCCAAGACCAUUGAAGUCAUGCACGCUCUCUUUCAGAGGGAUUUGAAUGAGGCUGCCUCUGCUUUCAAUGCAUUGUGAGAAAAUAACCACCUUUGUGGAGGGGGGAGUCCACACUGCCACAGGUUUUGGCUAGUUGGAACAUAACUAACUCAAAAUAUUUGUUAGUAAAUCUGCUUGUCUCAGUGAUGAAAGGAGUUAAGUGGUUCUCAUAUUGGGCUUCUGCCAGAGGUCUGUACAUCAGUUGCCAGAAGAGGACCAUUUAUGGUGUGAAAGCAAUCUUUCAGGCUUCUGGGCAUCUUGCAGCCUGUAGCUCACCUGUUUUAUUGGUUUAUGGGCAGGUGUCCCCUGAGCUGUCUUCAACCUAGGUGAGACUUGGGUCUGAAAAGUAUUGGUUAAGAUUACUCAGAAAUGGCAAGAGAAAUGGAGGCUUGUACCAUAUUUAAGUCAAGCUCACCAUUGUACUUGGCCCUUUUCUCUUCAGUACAGAUGAGUGAGACCAAAGCUGUUCUAUUAUUUAUUGAUCUCCUCUGUGCAGGAGUAGGUGACUGGAAGGGAAAUCUGAUGUGCUGUAAUCUGUGGAAUUAAAAUUUCUUGAUACUUGCCUCUCCCCCCUCACCCAAAGUACCUUGGAUGAGUAAUAUGAGGAUGUGUGUGAUUAUAUGCCUUAUCAAGUGUACUGUAGGUAGAUAAUCUGUAUCAUGUCCAUGCAGCUCUAAAGCACACUUCCAGAGUAUGAAGAAUUGUUCCACUACGCCCUGGGGCUGUGGUCCUAACUGCAUAUGCGAACAAAUAUCCUGGAUUUUGGUGGGACUUACAAGGCAGUUAUGGAGGGCUUUGAAUAUUUGGAAAAGAUACUUGGUUGUAAACACUUAACACUUCUCAUAGUACUGAUAAGUUGCUGAUGUGGGGUAUUGAAUGUUACUGUCAGAGGGAGGAAAUUCCAGGCCAUCCUCACCAGGGAGGCAUUGGCCUUCAUCCUUUAUAUUUCAGUCUGUAGAGGCUACUUGCUACAAUCACAAAGCCUGGAUAAUUGCAUCUAAAGACAAACCUCAUCCCUGCCUAACAUUCAGUGUGGCAAUCUUUCUACUGAGGUGGUUGGUAACAAAGUACCAUUGAAAUGGGAGGGUUGGAUACUCCCCCCCCCCCAAGUUCCUCUAGGAGCAGAGUCCAGUCUAAUAGUUAGGUACCAUAAUGAUAUUUCCUGUUUUAUGUUGCUAUGGCCGUCGGCUAAUGCGAAUAAAGUUUAUAUAGUUAGGUACCCUGUUUCUAACUUCCAUUUUGCAGCAGCACCAAAAUACCUUAAGUCUCAGAUGAGGGGGAGGCCAUGUCCUGAAGUUGGUUCUAGCCAAAGUCAUUUCCAUGAGAGAUGCCUACUGCUUGACAGAGUGUGUGUAUUUGUCCCCUUUAGACAAGUCUAAAAUUGGCCUUCAACCAUUGGUCUGAAAGGUAAACAUUUCUGGCAAAUUUGUGAACAAACAUGGAACAAACAGAAUGGCUUUAUUCAGAAUUGAAUUUACCCUUGUAUUGCAUAACAUUUUAAAUGUAAAGAGUAUCUCUUCUUGUACUACUUCAAAGUAUCUUAUUUCACAUAUGCACAUUACCCUAACCCUCUGUUAGACAAUAGUGUCAUCUUACAUUAUGGUUGAAAUUUUAACACAAACGUUAGCACAAAGCUGUAUCAAGGCUUUUCUUUCUGCAGAAAAAAUGCUAAGGUGUUUACAUUAAGUGUACAUUUGUACAAUUUCCAGUAUGCUUUUUCAUUGGCAAUUGCAAUAGUCAGUCAUAGUGAAAGAAAUGCCUGAUGCUCCUAUCAUUGUUCCCUCUUCAUUUACAGUAGGGUAUGGCUCUCUUGCUUUUAUCUGAAUAUCAAGAAAGUUAGAUUUCUAUGAUGUGGCUGGUGUUGUGGAGUCAGAAAGCUCCAGCAGAUGGAGGGCCUGCUGUGUGCAAUAAGCUAUGACUUCAUCCCAUUAGGCAAGAGGUAGUUUCUAGGAGGGCUAGCUCUGAGGUCAUGCCUGGCCUUAAGUUGACAAUCUCAUACUUUGGUGCAGCAUGCAGAACCUUUUAAAGAUGUGGAUUUGCCCUAACAGCAUGACCUUACCAUUUAGGUUUUUGGCAGACUUGUGUGGUUGUGUUCUGAAAGCCUUAUAGUAGCCUCUUUGAAGCUGCUGAGAGGAAAGAUCGAGUAUCUAUGUCUUCUAGCCAUAACAGCCCAAUUUUUAGUCCCAGGUCUAUUUGCUUGUAUUUGUGAGUAGCUGGUGGGCAUAGUAAUAGGGGCCAUGCUGUGUUGUUGGUGCUCAAGGCUGCAUACCUCUCCAUAAGGUUGCUGCCAUUGAUGGGGUUCCUGAUCAUUCCUGCAGAGACUUAGCCUGGGCUUUUAACUUGCAAGCAAAAACAAGUUUAACACAAAAACACAUGCUUGUCAUGUAUUUCCCUUCUGCUGCCUCUUAAAAACAAAACAUCACAUCACUUCCAGAAGACUUGAUUAUAUAGAGAGUGAAUGGUGUGGAAAGACUUAAGGCCCUUAAUGAACACAAGCUUUUGCCUUAUCAAAGCUUAAUAAUGUAGAGCAGGAGUGUAGGAUCUUUUCUUUUUUGCUGUGGCUAUGUAAUUGAUGUUAUAAAUGCAGAGAUUCAUCAAUGUCACCACUUAAAGCCCUGCCAAAUACUUUUAUAAUUUUGUAAAAGGCUCUUAUGUGUAAGACGUUGCUUUUGAAAAAAAUCAUGACAGUUGUCUUAAAUGGCAUCCUUUAACAAUUAGAAUGUCUUAGUUCUCUUUCACUGCAGCUGUUUCUUUUUGUUUUUGGCUUAUGGCUGUAGAGCGGGAGUGAAUGUUGUGCAACCAUUGUGGCUGGGGCCAAUCGUAUGGAUUUUUCUCUUUAUUACUGGCUGGGAAAUAACACACAAGUUCAGCUCUGCCUGCAAUGACAGUAUUCAGAAACACAAGCUCCCACUGCGUGGGGUAGAACCACUGAAAGCUGGUUUCCCAUAUGGCUUGCUCAGUUAGUGUGUUGCAGGGGGCGGUAUCUGUCUUACUCCGUAAACACACAAAUACAUGUAUGUGCAACCUUCAGGCAGCAAAUACAGCAGCACUUCCUGGCUUCUGUCAUUCUUUAGAUUCCAACCCACAUAUCUCAGCCACAGGCUGGCUUCUAGUUGAUCAGAUACUUUGCAUGGAUUUACACUGUGAUCAGCAGCUAGCUGUUUUCUGUUGGAUCUUGUCAAGAUGUAUUGAGCUGACAACUGUUGGCAUUCUCACUGUUUUCUUUCUAAUUUUUAAAUAUAUAUAUUUAUAAUUUUUAAUAGUCUUAAAAGUGACUUCCUCAUGUAAUAAAAAUUGAUUCAACUGCUGAAA